AUGCCGCUUGCCGGCAUAAACGGCUACAGCAUCUCUCCCCAUGCUCACAUCGAAGGUGGCCAAUUCUACUCUUCUAAUGCUGAACACAGCAACUAUCUUCUGGUCCAGUUCCAAAGCCCUUUGGACCACGAGAGAUACGAAGAGAUUCAUACCCUUAGCCUGCACACCCUGGAGUACCUAGGCGAGAACACGUACCGCUGCCAAUAUGAACCUGAAGACCUCCAACAAAUUCGAACGCUGCCAUUUGUGAUAUACGCCAACGUCUAUCACCCAGCUUAUGUUAUCCAGCCAAGUUUGAAAACCAAGAUCAAUACGAGUUUGGCGGACUACGAGACUGAGCCUGGUCGGCUAUACCACGUCAGCGUUGUAUUGCACUCUGAGAACGAGGGAGAACAUGGCAAAUCGAUGCUUGCCGAUCUUUUGCGCGUUGAGAAACACCUGCUUGAGGCCGACUGGAAAUGUAUACAUGCCCAUCUUACUGCUCAGCAAAUAGAUGCCGCCGCUGCGCUGGAUCAAGUGCUUGCAAUCGAAGAGAUUCUACCUCUGAGUUAUCAACUCUUUCAAGCUCGUCAAGACAUUCACCUUCCCCGGGCAAGGCUUUUCGGGUCUGUUCCAUACCGUGGACAAGGCCAGGUGAUUGCCAUAGCGGACCAGGGAAUUGAUGGGGGCCGCUACAUAAUCAACAAAGGACGCAGCGACGCCGAGGUGAAAGGAGACGGAAAUGAUCAUCCUGCGUUCUCGGGCAGGAUUCUUGACCGCAUAGCAGAGAAUCGCAAAGCGGCCGACUAUACGGGAUUAACUCCAGAUAAGGAUACACUGCUACGACUCACCACCAGGGAUAGCAUCAGCAGCCAUGGCACACACGUCUCAGGUUGUGCGUUAGGAAAUGGCAAUGCAAGUCCAUAUGGCCAGGUACAGGGAGCGGCCCCUGCUGCUUCGCUUGUCAUGUUCUCUAUAAGUUCUGAAAGAGGAGUUCCUUUCAUUGAAAACCUGACAGCUCUACUGAAGAGGGCAUAUCACCACCUACGCGCGCCCAGAAUCAUCAACUUCAGUCAAGCUCCGAUGAAUUGGCAAGAUAAACCAGCCGUAUACAAUGCCACUCUGGCAGCAACAGCAGAUGCGUUUGUGUGGGCUAAUCAAGACAUAUUGAUUGUUGCGUCAGCUGGUAAUUUUGGCGCAAAAACACCAGCCCCGUAUGGUCAAAUAUCAGGGAUGGGGCUUGCGAAGAACGUCUUGACUGUGGGUGCUUGCCAAACUUCACAUUCUUUAGCCUGGGGUGUAGGACUCGACAAGCAAAACAGGCAUCUCCAAUACCGUCGAAAGGGUCCACGAGGAAAUCCAGAUACAAUGGCCUACUUCAGCAGUCGUGGACCGGCCUAUACAGGCACUGGUGCUGCGGAUACUGCCCCCUUUCGCUGGAAGCCCGAUGUGGUUGCUCCAGGAACGGCCAUUCUGUCAGCAAAAGCUCGCGGUAGCACUGGCCCAGGCGAUGGUAGCAAAUUUGGUACAUCUGCCAACAAUGAUUAUGUCUUUGACAGUGGGACUAGUUUCGCUGCGCCUAUCGUGGCUGGAGUGGCCGCGCUUUUGCGUCAGGCUGUCAUGACCCGGCGAGGCAGAGAAGGGCGGGUGACUGCCGCACUUAUCAAAGCACUGAUGGUGAAUACCACGGACGAUAUACAGACCAAGCUGCCUGCAGCUUCGCCUAUCCCUUACGUUGCUGGGGCACCAGCGCCAUUUGGACCAGACCCGCUACCAGGACGAGCGCCGGCACCUGUUCUUCCUGUAGAUCCGAGCGGUUCGACAGAUUCGGACGAUUCAGAUGAUCCGGGUGUACCUCCUCCAGCAUUCCUCUCUGAUCCAAAAGUGAAUGCAGCUCCCGACGCAACCCAAGGAUUUGGUCGGAUCAAUGCUGAACGAGCAUUGACGAAUGUCACUGACACCACAAACUGCUGGUUCCUUGACGACGUACCCUGCUCUUUCGUGGCUACUGCCCCCUGGUCGCGAACCGUCAACAUUCCGCCGAAGCCCGCCGGUGCACGCGGCUGGAAGCUCUCUGUCACAAUGUCCUACACAGAUCUCCCGGGAGCGACACUCCAGAAUGUAUUGGAGCUCAGUAUCACGUACACUAUGAUUUCUAGUACAGGUGGCCACACAGCCGUCACGCGGUAUGGAAACGACAUGGCCGUUCAAGGAGAACUCCCAAGACCCAGCGAGCAACCUGACACCAACAACACAGUUCAGAAGAUUGUCUGGAAUCUGGUGCCAGCGGGACAAAAUGUCCGCAUCGCGGUAACAUGCACGCGAUUCACUAUCAUUCCAACACCUUUAGGAACCUUAACGCCAACAUUUGCUAUUGUUUCGAUGCUCGAACGCGUGUAAGGGAGGACAUAUCAGCAGUUGUUUGUAUGCUCGGACUGUCGAGAAUUUGAGCG